AUGAGCAGCUCCCCCACUGAGUCGUCAGUCAGCCCAGGGCUGGAGGACAGCCAGGCAGUGAAGACCCCAAGUCCAGGGAAGUCCCUCAGCCCUGUGCUAAUGUGUAAGGUUUGUGGGGAUACCAGCAGCGGCAAACACUAUGGUAUUUAUGCAUGUAAUGGCUGCAGUGGCUUCUUCAAGCGGAGUGUCAGAAGGAAGCUCAUCUACAGGUGCCAGGCAGGUACCGGAAUGUGUCCUGUGGAUAAAGCCCAUCGGAAUCAAUGCCAGGCUUGUAGACUGAAGAAGUGUUUGCAGGCUGGUAUGAAUAAAGACGCCGUUCAAAACGAACGUCAGCCCCGAAGCACUGCCCAGGUCCGAACGGACACUGCCGAACUCGACCCUGACAAGGAGCACAUUGCAACUACCAGAGAGCCGACUUCAUCAUCUGUCAGCACCCAGAGACCAGUCUCCUCUAACAUCAGCAGUAGCCAGAGAACCAUCAGCCCACCAAAUAACCACCGCUUCAUGGCCAGCCUGAUGACCGCUGAGACUUGCGCCAAGCUGGAGCCUGAAGAUGUGGAUGAAAAUAUCGAUGUGACGAGUAACGAACCUGAGAGAACAUCCACCGAGUACCAGAUGUCCAUCUACCCUCCCAGUAGUCCCGAGUGUGUGUACGAGACUUCGGCUAGAUUGCUCUUCAUGGCAGUUAAAUGGGCCAAGAAUCUUCCAGUCUUCUCCAAUCUACCAUUCAGAGACCAGGUGAUCUUGUUGGAGGAAGCCUGGAAUGAACUCUUCCUGCUCUGUGCUAUCCAAUGGUCCAUGCCAUUGGAAAGCUGCCCUUUGUUGUCAUUACCUGAACUCUCUCAUAGUCCUCAAGGCAAGAGCAAUUCCACCAUGGCAGACGUCCGCAUCCUGCAGGAGAUCAUGAGUCGAUUCAAGGCCAUUGCUGUGGACCCCACAGAGUUUGCUUGUCUGAAGGCUGUGGUACUCUUUAAACCAGAAACACGAGGCUUGAAAGACCCAGAGCAAGUGGAGAAUCUACAGGAUCAGUCACAAGUGAUGCUGGGUCAGCACAGCAGGACACACUACCCAAUCCAACCAGUUAGAUUUGGAAAGUUGCUUCUCCUCCUGCCCUCACUCCGCUUUGUCUCAUCAGAGCAAAUUGAGCUGCUGUUUUUCCACAGAACCAUCGGUAACACUCCCAUGGAAAAGCUUCUUUGUGACAUGUUUAAGAGCUGA